AUGGCCCCCACGCGCGUCAUGAAGAACUUCGAGACGACGAAGCUGGCCAAGGCCCAGCGGCCCAAGCACCGCAAGGGCCGGCCGAGCAAGCGCAACGUUGUGGUGAAGGAGGUCGUGAGCGAGGUCGCCGGGCUCCUCCCGUACGAAAAGAGACUACUCGACAUGCUUUCCGGCACGGGCGACGGCGCGGACAAGCGCAUGUACAAGUACGCCAAACAAAGAUUGGGCACGCACAAGCGCGCCGUCGCGAAGCGGGAAGCGAUCAAGGACGUCCACGCGAAGCUCAAGGCGCGCCAGGCCAUGGGCAACUAA